AUGCCAUCCGAGCUUCGGUCAACAAGGCGGAGGACUAGGUCCAAGAGCCGGGCAGUGCGGGGGGCACGAGCAAGGCUGGUAUCUUGUGAGGCAGGGUGUAAGGUGGAGAAUCCGGCUACCGCCACGCAUCCAAGGAACAUCAUUUCUGGUCGCGAGGCCAUCAUGGCAGCCAUGCCUCAGACUAGCUGGCUGACAUCUCUGAGAGGCUUCAGGGCCAAGACACGCCAAUCUUUGAUAAAAAUGUGGGCCCGCAAGAGAUUGGGAUUUGUCAUGCUGUCCAUCAUGGCCCUACUGUUGCUGGGCUGUUACUUCAGCUGUGGGUUCUCAGAUUCUGUGACUGCAAAUGAAUUAAUCCUAUGGAAGAAUAAAGAUGCUGAUGGCCAAUCUUUGGAAGAAACAUCCACUUGGAAAGCUCUGUUGAUUUUUUUCUUUCCAACAACAUGCAUUGUAAAGGAGAAUCAAGAAGUAAAGCCUUGUAAAGAACUGGAGAAUCUUAAUGAGACUGAAUGUUUGAGAUACAAGUGCUGUUUUUCAUCAUCAGGGAUCAAGGACUUGAGUUGUUUUACCCCAUUAACAGAUAAGCCUACACAGAUGGUCCGGAUGUUUGGGCUUGGUGUGAUCAGCAUGAUCACCCUGGGAUGUCUGCCCAUUUAUUGCUGCUCUCUUUGCCAGAGGAGCAAAUGGGCCAAUCCUUUACGAAGGAAGGUCAACAGAAUGUUGAAAGGUCUUAAGAAACAAAGAAACAAACUGAAGUCUGAUGCUGAAAUGUUAGGGACAGCAAUGGAAGAUGAGGAAGGUGAUGAGAAGGAACAGGAGACCAAAGGUUUCCGUCUUGAAAAAUAUGGCUCAGAGCAGAAAUUGUCUUCAAAUGAGAAUGUGCAGGUUUAA